GGCUAUCCGAGGGGUACAUCUUCAGCGUAUAACUUCGGAACCAGAAGGCUGAUGGUGUAUCCAUCGCCAAGGAAUAAUCAUGAACCAGCUUUGUCAACCAUGACAUCCGCGGCACAGCACGGCAGGCCAAUCACUGAGCCAGCCCCCUUGUCAA